UAAUCACCCAAAAAAAUAGGUUUUUACGUAUUUUUUUGAAAAUAUGUAAGUAAUACCAAUAAAUUAUUUUUAUAAAUUGUAUUGAUCAAUUCUACAAUAUUAAAUAAAACGUUAACUAAUAAUAUUUCAGGAAAUUUUAAAAAUCUAUAUAUAAUAAAAUGAAAGUAAUUAAUUUUCAGUGUUUUCAUGUUGCAGUUGAUCAACAUGUUGGCCUUUUGCUUCCCGUAGAUACUUUAAAAUUUCUUCAUAACACCUCGUUCGCACACAUGGCCGUAUAUAUUUAAAUUCUUGAGCCACUAACAGUCCGAAAUACUCAUUUCUUUUAUCCUCUUCUCCAUAAAUUAAGCAUUUAGAACAGUUUGUUUCUUCUUUCAGUAAAUUUUCUUUUACUUUAUCCUCGUUUUUUUCUUUGUUGCGACGACGCUGGGUAAAUCAUCUGGACACUGGGUCUCACUAUCGCCAAAUAUAUUUGGAGAUCGGCUUCGGCUACGGCUUGGCAGACAUUUUUUUCUUUCUACAAUUUUAAAUUAAAUUUAUUAGAAUAAAUGCUUCGAACACACGCGAUCUAAGUACCUUUUGUGUUUAUUAUACCUUACCUACCUAGGUAUAAAAAGAGUACUUACGUAGAUUUUCUUUUAUUAACUGUUUUAUACGAAGAUCUUGAUCUCUCAAAUUAGCAUCCAUUUUACUUCCAGUGAUUAUCAACUAAAUUAAUAAUCCACAAAGUAUUAAAUAACGUUUUUAUGAAAUAUUUAGCACAAAAACAAUACCCUUUAAAUAUCGAUCGUCAGUAACUGUGGCUGACUUACCUAUAUUCUAGCAAGCAGGACUGCCAGAUGUGAAGGGGAAAUCCCCAAUAAAUUGUUGCAUGUGACUGAUGAUGUGAGCAUGUUCGUUUCAUAAUAAAAAUGUUGCCAGGUAACCAAAAAGUCGUAUGUUUUUGUGCGAAUUACGAUCAUAAUCUUUACGAUCGUACAUUAAAAAAUAGACAAAUAAUAGUAUGAGUACGAUUUAAAUCGUAUAUCUGUCAACCCUGCUAGCAAGACAGCGACAAAAUCACGUUGCAUAACAAUGUAGCCCAAGCUUAUAUCUUAUGAAAUAUACGGAAGAGAUACGGACUUAGAAAAAACAGAAAUGUUGUUCUUUGUGGAAGUCAUUGAUGAAAUUCUAUGUAUUUUAGCCCGCAAACUUUCUUCAAACAAAAACAGCGCCAUCUAGUAUCGAGUUCUGUAAUUAUCUCUUUGUUUAUGGAUUUGAAUAAGACCGCCACGCAUGCAAUACAUUAUGACUGGGGAUUCCCCUAUUCGUCGACGCUGAAUAUGAGGCGACGACAAUCACUGUCAAACGUGUUCACUAUUACUCUGACUCUGGUAACGUGACUUCCUGGUAACGUGUUAGGUAGGAAAAGCAGUAAAAAAGUGCAUAUUAAGGGAGCAGAUUUGAAAUAAUAUUUAUACUUAACAAGAAAUAAUUAAAGGUUCAAUGGGGAGACCUAAAGAUUUACGCAUAUGGGAGCACUACCGUACUUUACCAAACAAGUCUGUUUCUUGCAAGCUUUGUAAUAAGGUCUACAAAUUCAGUAAUGCUGCCAAAAUGCUUCAACAUCUUAUCACUUGUCCAAAAUCUCCAGAAACAUUAAAAGACUCUAUGAAACUUAUAAAAGAUAGCUCGUCCAAAACCAAAAUGUCUGGACUGUCAGAGAUAGAGACAAAUGAUUCUUUUAUAAGCCCCUCGUCGUCUGCUAACACUACAAUAAAUGCUGAGUUUCAAGACACCGAUGAUCAUAUAAAAACAGAAUUAGCGAGAGCUAUAUUUGUAACAGGGACGCCAUUAUCGAUGGUGCAACAUCCUUUAUGGAUACAAUUUUUCGAAAAAUUGCAACCAAAAUUUAAAAUACCUUCACGUAAAGCUUUAGCGACAAAAUACUUAGAUAAAAUAUAUAGAGAAAUGCGUUUUGAGUUAAAUGAGGAACUAAAUGCUUGUAGUUACUUACACCUUCAGUGCGAUGGCUGGUCUAAUUUAAGAAAUGAAGGAAUAAUAAACUUUCUUAUAUCAAAACCUCAACCUGCAUACGUUAAAAGUUUGAAUACAGAAAGUAAUCCUCACACUAGUGAAUACCUUAGCCAAGAAGUUGAAAAAGUAAUGAAAGUGUAUGGAGCAAAUAAGUUUCUUGUACUUAUUGGCGAUAACGCUAGAAAUAUACAAAAGGCAUUCGAAUUAACAAAACUCAAAUAUCCACAUGUUGUUCCUCUCGGUUGCUGUGCACAUAUCCUUAACUUGUUGUGCCAAGAUAUUGUAAAGAUACAAGAAGUAACUGUGUUUAUUAUGCAAGCCAUAAAUAUAAUAAAAACUGUUAAAAGGAGUCAACGAUUAAGUUCCUUGUUGAUAAAAUCAAGGCAGGGUGAAGAUUCUACACAAACACUAAAAUUGCCUUGUGCUACAAGAUGGGGAAGUCAUGUUACUUCGUUAAAAAGUUUGAAAGCAAAUAAGAUAGCUUUGCAAAUAUUAACAGUUAGAGAAGAUGUGGUAAUUUCAAGAGAUAUUAAAGAUUUAAUUCUAAGUGAUGAUUUCUGGACGAAGACAGGGGAAUGUAUAAGUAUUUUGGAACCAGUCACUGAAAGCAUAUUUUACUUAGAGAGCGACCAGAAUCGUUUGCAUCGCACAUACAUUACAUUUAGAGAUGUACAAGCUAAGAUACGUUUUGCAUUAAAUGAGAUUUCGACAUUGAGCGAAGAAAGCAAACAGCAGAUUCUAACAUCAGUAUCUUCAAGAUGCAAUAUGGCAAUGAGGCCAAUACAUUUUGCAGCAUAUAUUCUAGACCCCAGGACUCUAGGAGUAAACUUACUCAAGAGGAAGAACUUAAGGGUAUGGAGUUUAUCUACAAUUUAAGCCAACACUUAAGUUUGUCAAAUGUAAUGGCAGAUUUGGCGUGUUAUAAAGCUAAAGAAAACUUUUGGGCCAGAGGAUUUGUAUGGAGCUCAUUAGAUAGCAUUGAGCCCCUAAUAUGGUGGAAAGGUAUUUGUGGUUCCACUGAGUUAAGCAAAGUAGCGAUUCGUAUUCUAUCAGCUCCCUGUACUUCGGCAGCCACUGAGCGUUCCUUUAGUAUCCAAGGCUACAUACAUAAUAACAAAAGAAAUCGACUUACAACUGAAAGAACUGAAAAAAUUUCAUUCAUUUGUUAUAACUGGAAUCUUAAACAUAAAGCUGAAUGCGAGGACAUUCAGUUUAAUGAAGAAAAUACCUUAGAAGCUUUCAUUGAGCAAGUAAAUGAACAUAACAGUUUAGACGAAAUAGAGCCUAUCGAACCUAUACAAUUCAUCGCUUGUAAUAACUCUGAAUCUGACAGUGAUUGACUGUAGUUUUACAUUUUACUUUCAUCUCUUUCUUAAUAAACUCAAAAUCAAA